CCUCGGUGAAAAGAAAACAUUUCCCCGCGAGUGUUUUCCGUGUCCGCCAGAGAUUGUUUCCGCCCCGGAUCCGGUUCGGUUUUCACUCGGAGGCAAAGCGGUGCCCAGACAUUCUUCGCAGGAGGACAUUUGCAUUGGCGGCGGCGCCGUAAUCCUGCGGUUAGAGACUUGCUGGCAAAGGACGAAAACCCAUAUUUCAGCCCUCGCUUGGAACCCUGGGGCAUACGUUUGAAGUUGAGCAGCAACCGGCGUAAGCAAGUGCAGCAGAGUGCAUAGGACAGGGGCUCGUGACGAGGAUCGUGGCUGCAGCGACGGCUAGUUCCGUGGAAGGCACCGGAGAGCUACAUGAAGAUACGAAUCAAACGAAGGAGUCCGAAGUAACGAUAUCCCGGUUGUCCACGGAAGGUACACCGGUGGAGAGUGAACACAGCGAGAACCGUAACGAGGGAACCGGAUCGUCGCCUAGCGAGGCAGCACAGAAAGGCCACGGUCGGACCGGCGGCGACGACGACGACGGAGACGGAAACGGAGGCAGCGACGACGACAAGAACAACGAGAGCGAAAGUUUGCCUUCAUCGCGGGCACAGGAACAGGCCGUUAGUGACGGAAACCGAACGAGCGGCGAGCCACGGGAGAGCACGGAGCGGGAGCCGGCUUUAUCAUUUCGAGCCACCAAACCAACGUUCCUUCCUUCCGCCGCUGGACAGUCACACCAACGCAAGUGGCUAACGAAACAGCCGCACACUGAGGCUCAGGCAAUGCCAUCGGCAGUUAGUGGCGGCGGAGGUCACGGCGGUGGUGGUGGAGGCGGCGGUGGCAACAUGAAUACGCAGUCCAACGAGGAGUGCGGUAUCCGGGACGUGUGGCGGCACAAUCUGGACGAAGAGUUUCGCACGAUCCGGCUGAUCGUGCAGAAGUACCACUUCGUCGCGAUGGAUACCGAGUUCCCGGGAGUGGUGGCGCGGCCGGUCGGAGAGUUCCGCUCGUCGGCCGACUACCAGUACCAGUGUUUGCGGUGCAACGUCGAUCUGCUGCGCAUUAUCCAGCUCGGGCUGACGUUCAUGGACGACGACGGGCGGACGCCGGCCGGCUUCUCGACGUGGCAGUUCAACUUCAAGUUCAACCUCAGCGAGGACAUGUACGCACAGGACUCGAUCGAUCUGCUGCUCAACUCGGGCAUCCAGUUCAAGAAGCACGAAGAGGACGGCAUCGAUCCGCUGGACUUUGCCGAGCUGCUCAUGACGUCCGGCAUCGUGCUGAUGGACAACAUCAAGUGGCUCAGCUUCCACUCGGGGUACGACUUCGCGUACCUGCUGAAGCUGCUGACCGACCAGAACCUGCCCGCCGAGGAGGGCGACUUCUUCGAGCUGCUGCGCAUCUACUUUCCCAGCAUCUACGACGUCAAGUAUCUGAUGAAGUCGUGCAAAAAUCUCAAGGGCGGCCUGCAGGAGGUGGCCGAUCAGCUGGAGCUGCGACGCGUCGGACCGCAGCAUCAGGCCGGCUCGGAUUCGCUGCUCACCGGCAUGGCGUUCUUCAAAAUGCGAGAGAUGUUCUUUGAGGACAAUAUCGACAACGCAAAGUACUGCGGUCAUCUGUACGGUCUGGGCACACCGUUCGUCGCCAACGGCAGCAGUACGGUGGCCGGUGGAAGCGGUGGCAGCGGCGGUACCGGUGGCACCGGAGGUGGCGGCGGAGUUACGGCCGGAAGCGGAACGGGCAACAGUGGCAACAACACGGCCAGCAACAGCGCAAACAACAACAGUAACAAUCGGACAAUUUCUUGCAGAUAAACCGGAGCGAUAGAGAGGGCGAUGCGGGAACGAGUCGGUCGGCGGUGGAAACGGGAACCUCCCCGCCCGCGGGUGGACGUCGACGGUGAUGAUGGCGACGGCACAUUCUAACCGGAACGGAACGGACCCGCAGCGGCCGACGCAGCCGACGACGAAGGCAGCGAAAAGUGCAUAUUUUGUGUGUCCCUUGUAACGAUUAAGUGGAGAAAAUUGAGUUCGGAGUUUAGAAGUUUAAAGUUUAUCACAAUGACGCGAAUGUAAAGUAAUUCUAUCUGGUAGAUGAUGGUGGUGUUGUGAAGCCGACGGGCGAGAGAAGAACGAAAAAAUAAACAGCCAGAACACCUGG